CGGGACCGACCAGGGGGCGGGGCGCGCUCGUGGCGACCAUUCCGUCGACCCCGAGACCCGCGGUUCCUGCGGGCCUGUUCCAGGGUGCCGGCCCGGCGGAGGCACCGACUGCGAGCUAUUUUAGAAGGAAGAUGGAAAGUGGCACAGUUUUGCUGGAAUCCAAAUCUUCACCAUUGAACCUUCUGCAUGAGAUGCAUGAACUCCGACUUCUGGGCCAUCUUUGUGACGUUACAGUCAGUGUAGAGUAUCAGGGUGUGUGUAAAGACUUCAUGGCCCAUAAAGCAGUGCUGGCAGCCACCAGCAAGUUUUUUAAGGAGGUGUUCCUGAACGAGAAGAAUGUAGACGGUACCAGGACUAAUGUCUGUUUAAAUGACGUUCAAGUUGUUGACUUUGCUUCAUUUCUGGAGUUUGUCUAUACUGCCAGGGUGCAGGUAGAAGAAGAUCGGGUGCAGCGGAUGCUGGAAGUGGCUGAAAAGCUCAAGUGUUUGGACCUGUCUGAAACAUGCUUUCAGCUAAAGAAGCAGAUGCUGGAGUCAGUCCUUUUGGAAUCACAGAAUUUCUCUGAGUCUCAGGAGGUGGAGGCCAGCCUUGGCCCCCAGGUGAGUGUGACCCCCAGCCCCAAAGCAAGUGUACCAGGGGAGGAAGCUCACUCCAGUGACCUUGUAGAUACAUCUGACUAUCCAGUAGAGAGAGUUGAUAAUGACCUCUUGCCAGAAAUGCCAUCCAGAAAGUGCAAGGAGAAACUGGACAAAAAGAAAGAAGUGGUCAAGCCUCCUUACCCUAAAAUCAGAAGACCUAGUGGGAGGCUGGCUGGAAGAAAGGUGUUUGUGGAAAUCCCUAAAAAGAAAUAUACAAGAAGACUCCGAGAACAGCAGAAAAGUGCGGAGGAAGCUGCAGAGAAUGACAGUUGUCCCCAGAACCAAAGCCCAGACCCUGAAAGGAUGGAGACAGAGCCAGCUUCCAAAAGUGAGGCUUGCCCUAGUAGUGUGAAAUUAGAGGAAAGUCUGCAGAAAGUGGAGGGGGAGAAGAAGGAGGAAGAAGGGAAGGAUGGGGAGAAGAAGAGUAAUUUCCAGUGCACAGUGUGUGAGAAGGCCUUCCUGUAUGAGAAGAGUUAUCUGAAACAUAUCAGGCACCACCACGGUGUGGCUACAGAGGUAGUGUACCGAUGUGAUACCUGUAGCCAGACCUUUGCCAACCGUUGCAACCUGAAGAGCCACCAGCGCCAUGUGCACAGUAGUGAGCGCCACUUCCCAUGUGAGAUGUGUGCAAAGAAAUUCAAGCGUAAGAAGGACGUGAAACGGCAUGUGCUUCAGGUGCAUGAGGGUGGUGGCGAGCGGCACCGAUGCGGCCAGUGUGGCAAGGGCCUGAGCUCCAAGACUUCUCUGCGGAUGCACGAGCGCACACACACGGGCGACAGGCCUUAUGGCUGCACCAAGUGUGAGGCUAAGUUCUCACAGCCCUCAGCUCUCAAGACCCACAUGAGAAUUCAUACAGGGGAAAGACCUUUUGUCUGUGAUGAGUGUGGUGCAAGAUUCACUCAGAACCACAUGCUGAUUUAUCAUAAAAGGUGCCACACAGGUGAAAGGCCUUUUAUGUGUGAGACAUGUGGCAAGAGUUUUGCUUCUAAGGAGUACUUAAAACACCAUAAUAGAAUCCACACUGGAUCUAAACCCUUUAAAUGUGAAGUGUGUUUGCGGACCUUUGCCCAGCGGAAUUCCCUUUACCAGCAUGCUAAAAUCCAUACAGGAGAGCGGCCUUAUUGUUGUGACCAGUGUGGGAAGCAGUUCACCCAGGUAAAUGCCCUCCAACGCCACCAUCGCAUCCACACAGGAGAGAAGCCUUUCAUGUGCAAUGCAUGUGGACGGACAUUUACUGACAAGUCCACUCUCCGGAGGCACACCUCAAUACAUGAUAAGAAUACACCAUGGAAGUCUUUCCUUGUCAUUGUUGAUGGCUCACCCAAGAAUGAUGAAGGACAGACAGAACAACCGGAUGAUGAAUAUGCAUCACCCAAACUUUCAGAUAGAUUACUAUCUUUUGGUGAAAAUAGCCAUUUUAACAACCUGUUAGAAGUUCAAAGCAACGUGCCUGCCAUGCAGGGGAAUAGUUCUACAGACACUGCUUGUAAAGCAGUGGUGUCUCAGGAUGCUCUGCUCACCACCACCAUCACUGAGCUUAGUGAGCUGACUCCACAGACAGGCUCAAUGACUGCACACCUUCCCUCAUUGACCAACAUGGAGUGAGAGCUUCAAGUUGUACGCCGAACAGUCUGUGUGAUUGCUGUAUUCCAGGUGAUGCCAGGGGUUGAGAACAAAGUUGUCUGUGCAAAGAUAUAGAUAGGCGAGACUGGCCUUGAAUAUUUCCGCAAACUUCCGUGACCUUGCACGUCUACAUCACUUAGAGCUUUUCCAUAAACAUUUUGAUAAGCAUGAUCUCAGCUACAUUUCAUCAACAAACAUGGCAGUUAGCACAACUCACUUAACCCUGGUGUAGCUGUACAUGUCAAUCACGCUUAUGCUUGAUUCUCUUGAAGUCUAAACCAUUGCUUGUCUUAAUCACAGAGUACACAGCAUUGACCCAAUUUAGGAAAGUGCUGUUCGUGGUCUCUUGGUCUCGCCUUGCCUUAUACGUCCAUGUGUUGAUCCUUUUAGGGAAUUUUUCUACAAAGUUAAAACUGGAACCGUAUUUCAGCUGUUUCUUCCUUACUGAGAUAAAAGCAAAUAAGAUUUUUUUUUCUGGGGACACUAAGAUGGGACUAAAGAUUGCAUUUGU